UACGUACAUCAUUCCUCCCAAAGACUACUUCCAUAACCAUCAUCAAGACUUGCAUAAUAUAGAAAUUUAGCUAUUUUUCUUUCUGUUUAUUUCUUCGAGUAAUAUUUUGUUUCUGUGAUUAUGGCUACUAGGCAAGCACCAUUCAACCCGGUUCCAGCUAUGAGAACAUACCCGCCAGUGGAGCAUCCUGUGGUGGCAAUAGGGCCACAGUACCUGGCACAGUACCCUGUUGAACUCGCCGUCUCUACGAAGCUAUGGACUCUUGGAGAAAAUGAUUUUAAGGUGUCUGACAUUAAUGGCACCCUCAUCUUCCAUGUCAAAAGUAAACUAUUAACCCUCCAUGAUCGUCGUUUUCUGAAAGAUGCAGCCGGUAACACCCUUGUCAAUCUCAGGCAGAAGAUAAUGACCAUGCAUGGGAGGUGGGAGGCUUUUAGAGGAAAAAGCAAGAAGAAGAAUGAUUUGCUUUUCACAGCCAAGAAAUCAAAGCUGUUCCAAUUCAAGACUGAGUUAGACGUAUUCUUGGGUUAUAACAAAGGAGAGGUCCCUGAUUUCAAGGUCAAGGAAAGCUACAGCAAGAGUUCCUUUUCUAUACUUCUUGGAGAUUCCAAUACCAUGCUUGCACAAGUGCAUGGAAGACACACUCUCGCGAUUAUGCCUAAUGUUGAUUAUGCCUUCAUAGUGGCUCUUGUAGUGGUGAUUCUCGACGCGAUCAAAUACGGUUGA